GAUCAAAUCUUCUGCAAGUAUAUGGAUAUGUACCUCCGGAUUUUGAAAGAUCGUCAUGAGAAACCAUGUGCAUGAGAGAUAGAUAUAUGUCAUUUCGGAUAUUACUGUUUCUUCAGACCAUCAUAUCGCCAGGUGUCGAGGGUAUUCUGAAGUGCUCCCAAUGUGAGUCCAGCGCCGGCGGAAGUUGCGUCCUGCGCGCGCCGACGCCGACACCGUGUCGUCAGUUGGAUGCCUCCAAUGGCGGACCGGUCAACUGCAUGAUAGCCACACAUCUGAAUAGCAACGGCACGACGAUCAGCUUCGUUCGCGGCUGCACCGUGGCCCGCGUGGCUUCCGGUUGCAUGCCUCAGGGUUCCGGCUCCCGUCUCUGUUAUCAAACAUGCUCCUCCGACGGAUGCAACACGGACCGAGCCCUUAGACCAGACAUACACCCAACAUGUUUAUUAGUGUUCUUGAUCAUUUCAUUUGUGUUUAAAUGUACUUAAAUAUAUUUUAAAUGUUUUAGAAAAUUUUACAAAAGUGUAUUUGUAAACCUCACAAUUAACACAAAGAACAUGUAUUGACA